AAAAAACCAAAUUCUCCCUUCAACCAUUUAUGAUAGAGAAGAUUUGGAGCAAGCAAUCCGUUUCCGGUAGAUAUAGAUUCAUCAAUCCAUUGCUCCAUUAAUGGAUUCCCCAGCAAAAUCUGAACAAAUGGACCAUACCUACACAUGGAAAACCCUAACCCUAGGCCGGCAAUCACAUGGCAAAUUAAAAUCCAAAUGUCUGUUGUCGCUACCCAGCGGACGUCACAAUGUCCACAUCACAUUCUUAGACUGUACAAAUUCAACAGAAGCUGCAAAGGCAUUGGUCAGAGAACUCUGGUCCGGAAUCGAGAAUGAACAGUGUCUCAGUUUCAGCUUUACUCUGCAUAUUGGUUGUUCUUUGUUCAUACAGGACAGUUGAUGGAUAUAUUAAGUACGAUACUGGAGGUGGGAUUGUUGAAGGAAAAUUGAAUGUCCAUCUGGUUGCCCAUUCUCACGAUGAUGUUGGAUGGUUGAAGACAAUUGAUCAGUACUAUGUUGGAUCAAACAACAGUAUUCAGGGUGCAUGUGUGGAGAAUGUGCUGGACUCGGUUGUCAUAUCUUUGCUUCAUGAUCCGAAUAGGAAGUUUGUGUUUGCUGAAAUGGCCUUUUUCCAACGUUGGUGGGAAGGACAAAAUGUGGAAAUACAAGAAGUGGUGAAAAAAUUUGUAGAUGCUGGCCGGUUCGAAUUUGUAAAUGGUGGCUGGUGUAUGCACGACGAAGCAACUACCCAUUACAUAGACAUGAUUGACCAGACAACCCUAGGUCAUCGUUUGAUAAAGAACCAAUUUAACAGAACUCCUCGUGCUGGAUGGCAAAUUGAUCCAUUUGGGCACUCAGCAGUGCAAGCUUACUUACUUGGAGCCGAGCUUGGCUUCGAAUCUGUGCAUUUUGCGAGGAUUGAUUAUCAGGACAGAGCAAAGCGUAAGGAAGACAAAUCUCUUGAAGUUAUAUGGCGCGGGUCCAAAACCUUUGGUUCUUCUUCUCAGAUCUUUGCCAAUGCAUUUCCUGUUCAUUAUAGUCCACCAAAUGGUUUCCAUUUUGAAGUGUUUGAUGACUCCAUUCCCGUCCAGGAUAAUCCUCUUCUAUAUGACUACAAUGUUGAAUCUCGAGUUAAUGAUUUCAUUAGUGCUGCAAUCACUCAAGCUAAUGUGACACGGACAAAUCAUAUUAUGUGGACAAUGGGUGAUGAUUUCCAGUACCAAUAUGCUGAGUCCUGGUUCAAGCAGAUGGAUAAGCUAAUUAACUAUGUCAACAAGGAUGGUCGUGUGAAUGCAUUGUAUUCUACCCCAUCUAUCUACACAGAUGCAAAAAAUGCAGCAAAUGAAUCGUGGCCACUAAAAACUGAUGACUAUUUUCCAUAUGCAGACAGGGCAAAUGCCUAUUGGACUGGUUACUUUACUAGUCGCCCAGGCUUGAAGCAAUAUGUCCGAAUGCUGAGUGGAUAUUAUUUGGCUGCACGCCAACUUGAGUUCCUGGCUGGAAGGAGACCUACAGGUCCAAACACAUUUCGUUUAGGAGAUGCAUUAGGAAUUGCACAGCACCAUGAUGCCGUUACUGGCACGGCUAAACAACAUACCACAAAUGACUAUGCAAAACGCUUGGCAAUUGGAGCUUCUGAGGCAGAAGCAGUUGUGAGUUCAGCUUUGUCAUGCCUAGCUAAUUCAACAUCAAGCGAUCAAUGUGCCACACCCCAAUCGACAUUUAGCCAGUGUCUAUUGCUCAAUAUAAGCUUCUGCCCCCCAACUGAGGAAGAUAUUCCAGAAGGAAAGAGUUUGGUUGUUGUGGCAUACAAUCCACUUGGAUGGAAUCGUACUGACAUAAUUAGGAUUCCGGUUAAUGAUGCAAAUCUUGUUGUCCAAGAUUCCAUGGGUAAUACAAUUGAGUCACAACAUGUGGAGUUGGACAAUGUUACAACCAAUUUAAGAAACGUCUACACCAAGGCCUACCUGGGAAUAUCAACAGCCACAGUUCCCAAGUACUGGCUUUUCUUUCAAGUUUCUGUGCCGCCUCUGGGUUGGAACACAUACUUCGUUUCUAAAGUGGCUGCAAUAGGUAAACGCAGAAAAGGGUAUAUCUCUCUGGUGGAUCUUCCACAGAAUGAGUCCAUUGAAGUCGGACCAGGAAACUUGAAGAUGUCCUUUUCUUCUACAUCUGGACAACUUAAAAGAAUGUUUAAUUCUGUGACAGGGGUUGACAUACCGGUACAGCAGAGCUAUCUCUGGUAUGGUUCAAGCGGCGGUGAUACAGACCCACAGAGUUCCGGUGCAUACAUUUUCCGACCUAAUGGUUCCCCUCCUGAUGUUCUUUCAAGAUCAAUCCCAUUGAAGGUCAUGCGUGGACCAAUAGUUGAUGAAGUUCAUCAGCAAUUUAGUCCGUGGGUCUAUCAGGUGAUUAGACUUUACAAAAACAAAGAGCACGCUGAAGUUGAAUAUACUAUUGGUCCAAUUCCCACGGAUGAUGGUGUUGGUAAAGAGGUCAUUACGCGAAUGACAGCAAAUAUGGCCACAGACAAGGUUUUUUAUACUGAUUCCAAUGGGAGGGACUUUCUAAAACGGGUUCGAGAUUAUAGAGCAGACUGGUCUCUUUCAGUCAAUCAACCUGUAGCAGGGAAUUAUUAUCCACUAAAUCUCGGGAUUUUCACAACGGAUAAGAAAUCUGAAUUCUCGGUUUUGGUUGAUCGUGCUACUGGAGGAGGUAGCAUCGAAGAUGGAGAAAUAGAGCUAAUGCUUCAUAGGCGUAUGAUCUUUGAUGACUCUAGAGGAGUGGGUGAAGCCCUUGAUGAGACAGUGUGCGUUGAAAAUACAUGUGAAGGACUUACGGUUCGAGGGAAUUAUUAUAUGAGCAUCAACCAGCUAGGUGCUGGAUCAAGAUGGCGCCGAACAACUGGACAAGAAGUUUACUCACCCCUUCUUUUAGCUUUUACACAUGAGAAAUUGGAAGAUUGGACAGCCUCUCAUUCAGCAAAGGCAACAGCCAUGGAUCCAAACUAUAGUUUACCUCUUAAUGUGGCAUUAAUUACUCUUCAGGAGCUGGACGAUGGGAGUGUGCUGCUUCGUUUUGCACACCUAUAUGAGGCUGGUGAAGAUGCCGAGUAUUCAACAUUAGCCAAAGUUGAAUUGAAAAAGAUGUUUGCUGGGAAAAUGAUAAAGGAUGUGAAAGAAAUGAGCUUAUCGACAAACCAAGAGAAGUCAGAGAUGAAGACGAAGACUUGGAAAGUUGAAGGGAACAGUGGAGGGGAACCUGCAGCAAUUAGAGGCAGCCCUGUUGAUAAUUCAACUUUUGUUGUCGAGCUUGGUCCCAUGGAGAUUCGGACUUUCCUAUUGAAAUUUUAGGGGUCUGCCUUCUGCCUGUUACAUGGCAUCUCGAUUUUUCUGUUAAAGUCUUCACGGGAACAAUAAUGUCCAUUGAAGGGCACAUUUUUUCCUCUGCAAGAGGUUUCCGAGUGAUGGUUGAUGAUCUCAAAUGGUAUGUGAAAAGAUGGAGGAAUCUCUUUGUAACUGGGUGUCCAAUAAUGAGGUCUAAAUGCUGAAGAAACAAGAACUGAAAUUGUCUAUAAAAACCCAUACUUGGAUUUAUUUAUAUGGACGGUCCAAUAAAAUAGAAAUACUUGUCUUUGUGAAUGCUAUAGGUGCAAGGAAAAACAUGAUUUUGUGUUGAAUCUA